AUGGAUUUUUCUAAGGAUUCAGCAUCUGUGAAAAAUCCUAACAAACUCGAUGGUGAAAGUGACAAAAGCAAGAAUAAUAGGACUACAGGUACACUACAAAGGCAAACUGACAACGUAGAAAAUCUGUUUACAUCAACUCAAAGUUUAAGCUUUGUUCCCUUGAACGGGCCUUGGGAUAAUGAUAUGAAUUCUAUGUCCGAUAAUGAACCGGUACCACAAACUAGUCGAUAUAACGAAAAUACUCUCGAUUCGAACAAAAUCCCCAACCCUAACAGCCAACCAGAAAUGUGUAAUAAAGUUUCCAAAUGCAAUUCCGAUCAAGCAGACUCUGACUCAAAUGUAUAUGACAAUGGCCCAGAUUCCAGUCACGAUGUGCAGUUGUGUCAGAGGCAUAAAAAAUGUAUAGACAAAGCAGAAAGUAGCAGUAGCAAUUUACCUUCCACAAGUAACACUGGCAAAACUGCAGAUAACUCAGAUAGCAGUACUUUUAAAGAGAAUAGGAAAAGGCCAUCCAGUUUGAAACUAAACAGAAUAGAUGAUGACAGUUCAAGUGACACAGGUAAUGAUGACUAUUCUUUAGGUUCAGAAGAUGGAUGUAUUUAUACAUAUAGAGGUGGUGAGCAUCUCGCUGAUUUACCAAGCUCGUUCUUUAGUUUAGACAUGGGUUUACCUCUAGAUAAUCACCUCCCUUUACUGAACUAUCCUGUGCCACAACAGGGAGCAGCAGGUGUGAGAGAUCAAGGCUCUAGAGCAUCAAGUCCUGAUAUGGAAUUUUUAGAAAUGGAUUUUGAUCCUGGCCCUUCAUGUGAAGUUGAUACAGGUGAUGAAUCCUCUCCCGAUGUUGACUUAGAAGUAGCAGGAAAUAUUGUUGAUGAAAUUGAACCGGUGAUAAUAAGAGGAACCUCACCAGAAUAUGUACCAGUUGUUGUACCUCAACACAAUCCUGUGGUUAUUCCUCCCAGUGCACAAUCUGUGCCUCAUGGAGAUAGUAGUGACCUGUAUUCAUAUAGUGUGCCAUCUACUAGUCGUAGCACUGCAGUGGGUCAUGGUGAUGCAUCAGAUAACAGUAAUAGUUACAGUUUUGGUCCAUAUAUCACACAUGUGAAUACUAGAGGUGAACAAAUGCUGGUCAGAAGAACAAUGGCUCAUGGACCUAUCAGUCUACCUAUUAAUCUUCAUGUUUCAAGUGGUAAUUUAGUCUCACCAAGAGAAAUGCUGAACUUGGAAGAUGAGCAAGUUGAAGGGUCCCAUGCAUAUCAAAUCAACCAAGGGUCAUCCAUGGAUUCAGCAAACCUUUCAUCAGCUUUAUAUCACAUUAAAAUGGCAAGGAGACUCAUGUCAGAAAAGACUAAAUCAGAUGCUGAAGCGCAAGUAAGUAAGGCUAGCGAUACAAGUGGCAGUUCAACAGCUAGUUCGAGCACAAGCAGCGCCGGUUGUGUUGCGCCACCUCGUUGCAUGAUCUGGUCGGAGAGUGAAGCAUGUGAUCGUCAGGUCACUCAGAUAUCUACCUCGGCAUGUGGGGCCACUGCUGUUGUCAAUGUCUUUAACGCAUUAGGUGUGCCGGUAAAUUUAGAAAGAAUCGGUUCAGCUGUUGGUACAAGACAACGAGCAAACAACGCUCCAAUACCUAGAUACUUGCUGUCGCGGGCGGUAGCGGGAUGUACGGCAUCGGAUCUUGUUUCAGGCAUUCAUCGCGCCUCUGAUGGCCUAGUCACGGCUCGUUUUUUUCCUACAUAUCCUGAACGAGCUAUUUCACUUUCACACUGGUUAGCCGACUGGAUUACCUUAGGUGCAGUUCCAAUCCUCACCCUGAACUUACAAGCUGGUUGUGAAGGCGAAAUCCCAGACGCAUGGCAUCACCAAAUGGUAUUCGGUGUGUCAUCCCGCGGCGUGUAUCUGUGCAACCCGGUCGAAUGCGUGCGGGAGACAGCUUUGUGGCCGCAUUUGAUAUCGCCAUCUGUGCUACUGGUGCGGACCAGAGACGUCCUGUCAAGAUUUACGGCCUAUACGGACCUAACGCCGCUCAUGGCUGUUCCUGAUCGACGUUUUCAAACGUUUAAUGUACUUGGUCAAGUAGUGAACGUAAUUCGCGAAUAUCGAGCUAUCGGCUGGGGCGAGUUCGGCACUAGGACCCGCCACAUCCGCAUCCCGGCGUCGUACCAGGCGGGGGUGACCGUGGCCGCGCUCACCGGCUCCGAGGCGCACCGUCGCCUCGUCGCCGCGCCGCACCUGCCCGUGCUCACCCCGCCCGCCGAGCCCUGA